CAGCAGGCAACGAAGGAACGAAUGAGGAACACGAUGUGGCGGUGCUGCUGUUUCUCGGUUCUUCUGGGCUCGCUUCUGGUGGGGGCCCAGUUCCCCAGAGAGUGCGUGACCCCCGAGGGGCUCCGCAGCGGCCGCUGCUGCCCGUCCCCGCCGGGUCUCGACGCCGACCCUUGCGGCUCCGGCGCCGGCCGCGGCCUGUGCGCGUCCGUCUCGGCGGACGCGCGCCCCCACGGCCCCCAGUACCCGCACGACGGGCGGGACGACCGAGAGCGCUGGCCGCUCCGGUUCUUCAACCGGACGUGCCGGUGUAGCGGCAACUUCGGCGGCUACAACUGCGGGAGAUGCAAACACGGCUGGGCCGGAGCCAACUGUGACCAGAGAGUGUCUGUAGUGAGGAGAAACGCGAUGCAGCUCAGCGCCGCCGGGAAGCUGGCCUUCGUCAACGCGCUGGACCGGGCCAAGCGCGCGGUGCACCCGGACCUGGUGAUCGCCACCUCGCGCCACGCAGAGAUCCUCGGGCCCGAUGGCGGCAGCCCGCGGUUCGAGAACAUCUCCAUCUACAACUACUUCGUGUGGAGCCAUUACUACUCGGUCAGCAAGACCUUCCUGGGCGCCGGCCAGCCCAGUUUCGGAGGGGUGGAUUUCUCCCACGAGGGUCCGGGCUUCGUCACCUGGCACCGGUACCACCUGCUCCAACUGGAGCGAGACAUGCAGGACAUGCUGCAGGAGCCCACGUUCGCCCUGCCCUACUGGAACUUCGCCAUCGGGGGCAGCGCUUGCGACAUCUGCACCGACGACCUGAUGGGAGCCAGGAGCAGCUUCGACGCCGACUCGCUCAGCCCCAACUCCGUCUUCUCCCAGUGGAGGGUCGUCUGCGAGAGCGUGGCCGACUACGACGCGCUGGGAACCGUCUGCAACAGCACGGAGACGUCGCCGAUAAGAAGGAACCCCGCGGGCAACGUCGACAGGCCCACGGUCCAGCGUCUCCCGGAGCCUCGAGAUGUUGCCGACUGUCUGCAAGUCAGCACUUUUGACACGCCGCCGUACUACUCCACAUCCUCGGAAAGCUUCAGAAACACCGUUGAAGGCUACAGCGCCCCCCAGGGGAACUACGACCCCGCAGUAAGGAGCCUCCACAACCUGGCCCAUCUGUUCCUGAACGGCACGGGGGGUCAGACCCACCUCUCGCCCAACGACCCCAUCUUCGUCUUGCUCCACACGUACACGGACGCCAUCUUCGACGAGUGGCUGCGGAGACAUAACCCAGAUUCGGCUGUGUAUCCUGACCAAAAUGCGCCCAUUGGUCACAACCGGGGCUACAACAUGGUUCCUUUCUGGCCUCCCGUGACCAACGCUGAGAUGUUCGUGACCGCCCCCGAAAACCUCGGCUACUCUUACGAAGCCGAAUGGCCAGCUCAAGCUUUCACGCUGACCGAAAUGAUCACAAUGGGCAUCAUCGCCGCACUCCUGCUCGUCGCCGCCAUCUUCGUGGUCUCCACCUGUGCCGUGCGCUCCAGGUCCCGCAAGAUGGAGGCUCUGCAGCCGCUGCUCGGCGAUCGGUACCAGCGCUACGACGACGGCAAAAGCCAGUCGGUCGUCUGAGCGCGCCGCCACUCGGACCUUCGCCAUUUAUCGCUCGUAUUCUAUUAUUUUAUCUUUCAGACCAUUACAACGAGAAGAAUCGGACAUUGUCAGAACGCAGAAGGAUAAUUUAAGUUUAUGAUCACACACUGCAGUACACCCAUGCAAAUGUGUGGCUAGGGUAGCCAAAAAUUACUCAAGUAACAGUAUUGUUACUUUAGAAUAACGUGACUCAAGUGAAACAAAUAAUUACUUGAGUCGUCUGUGAAAAAACUACACAAGAACAGACUAACUGGUGAGAAACCUAUCAUGUAUUUGUUUUUUUUUUUAGAUGAGAGCAAGAACUUUUACAUCGGAAAAUUCGCUAUUUUAUCAUGUUAAGUGUCUUAUCAUGAUAAAACAGCAAGUAUCCUUUUUUUUUUUGCUUACCAUGCUACUUCAAGACAAUAGCAAUGUAGGUCCAAAGAAAUGAAAUACAUAUAUGACCCAUUUCCUACUAAUUAACAUGUAUUUUAUGUGUACCGCCAUGUAAUAUUUUCUAUUUUGGGGGGGUCGAAAAACUGUCGUAAAAUCAUUGUAAUUGCACCUUUCGGUCGACAGAGGGCGGCAUAGUCCUGCAAGUACGCCGGUACAGGACAGUUUAAGGAUGAGAUUUCAAUAAAAAAAAAAAAAAAAAAAAAAAGCAACAACUUGCAAUCGUGUGUUGUUUUAAAGAGCAGCUGAAUAUAAUUUGUUUUUUUUAAAGUCACGUCUCUGUUGAUUUUAAGUUGCUAAAUUAAUGUUUUUGUUUAGUUUUGUCACCCUAAACGUUUUUGGGUUUUUUUUAACUUUAAAAUGACACCAGACAUGUACCAAGCGGUCUGCUGUACUUUUUAAAUUUUAUAUAUAUAUAUAUAUAUAUUGUUUUUGUUUUUAAUUAUUAUUUUUUUAAAUCUUUUUUUAACAUCGGUUACUUAUCUUGAAUUUGUACAUGGGGUUAUUCGAGAACUGGGGGAUAAUUCCCCCAAUAAACUUCAAAUUUCCCAUGCACACAACCUCAGAAACAUGCGAUUGUUGUGUAAAACAAUCGCAUGUUUUUUUUUUCCUGAGACAAAAUGUAACUGUAGCUGCAGUAAAAGUGAUUCCUAAAUAUUAUUGAAAAUACCAAAUAGCUCUAGUACCCCCCAAAAUCGCUUUUUUUUUCUCUUGACCUUCCAUCUUGGUGACCAA